UGCCCCGCCUGUCCCCGCCCGCCCGUCCGGGAAGAAAAUGGCGGAGCUGGAGGUCGGGCGGCACUGCCAGGCGGAGGGCUGCCGGCAGCUCGACUUUCUCCCCUUUGUAUGUGAUGGCUGUUCAGGUGUCUUUUGCCUUCAGCACAGGAGCCGGGAUGCUCAUGGGUGUUCUGAGGUGAAUAUAAGAAACAAUUCUGUGAAACCAGAUCAGCACAGAUCUUACCCAUGCUCAUAUAAGGACUGCAAUGCAAAGGAGCUUUUACCAGUUCUCUGUCCCUACUGUGAAAAACAUUUUUGCCUAAGACACCGGCAUCAAUCAGACCAUGAGUGUGAGAAACUGGACACACCAAAACCCCGAAUGGCUGCCACCCAACAGUUAGUUACACAUAUUAUAGAUUCUAAAAAAAAUGAAGAAGCAAAAAGCAAAAAACGUAAAGGAGCAAAAAACAGUGAAACAGCAGCAAAAGUGGCAUUAAUGAAACUGAAAAUGCACGCGUCUGGGGACAAGUCCUUGCCUCAGACGGAAAGAAUUUACUUUCAAGUAUUUUUACCAAAGGGAAACAAAGAGAAAAGCAAGCCCAUGUUCUUUUGCAGUAAGUGGAGUAUUGGCAAAGUAGUAGACUUCGCAGCUUCCUUAGCAAGCCUUAAAAAUGACAACAACAGAUCAACAGCCCAGAAAUUGAGGUUAUGCCAUACUACCUCUGGAGAAGCCUUGCCAUUUGAGGACGCAUUGGAAAAAUGGCUAUCUGAUAAAGAAUGUCCAUUAUUCAAUGGUGGAAAUAUAAUUUUGGAGUAUCUUGAUAAUGAUGUUCUAUUUAUAGAAGAUACAGAGUCAUACUUAAGUUAAUUAGUAAAUUAUUGCAAACAACAAAAAGAUUUUUUUUUUUUUAAGAAUUCUGGUAUUAAAACCAAGGCCAUUUUCCUUUUAAAUCACUAGUAUGCCAGAAUAUGCCCUCACUUGUGAAGACACAGGUCCCAUCAAUUCCUCAGUUGCAUAACUGGCAGAAGAACUAUGUCCUAAAAGGAAUAUUAGUUAUUAUAUUAACUAAUACUACAGAUACUAUCUAGAAUAAAUUUGCGCUUUAUUUAACUGUAAGAUGUCAAUAAUAUUUUCCUAAAUUUUUAUUUAUAUUUGUGUAAAUUAUGGGAAAAGUGUAUAUUAAAAACAAAUAGUGAAAAUGGAAACUUACAGUAUUUUGGUUCUUUGAAAGAGUAUGUUGGUUUCUGUAAAAGAGUGUGUUGGUUCUGCAAAGGAAGGAAACAUAUUACACUCUUGCAGCAUCUUUUCUAAAUCUGCAAGAACAGAUUUCAUUUAGUUGGGAAUGCAGCACUCCAACAGAUCAGCCCCCAGCCUAUACUAGUUCAUGGGCUUAUUUUUCCCUAGGUGAAGGACCCACUUGCCUUGGUUAACUUGAGGAGGUUCCUCACUGCCCAACUCUCCAGCCUGUUCAGGUCCCUGUGAAUGGCAGCACAGCCCUCUGGAGUAUCAGCUACUCCUCCCAGUUUUACAUCACUAGCUCUUGCUUGAAAAUUAAUAAAUAAGAUGUAAAACACUUUGCAUACAUUUUCUAUACUGAGGAUCUACUCAAAAUUACUCAGUUGAGCAAACGAAUUUGUCAAGAAAAAUAUUUAAUGAAUUUAUAAUUAACAGUACUUUUGCUCAAAGUUAAAUAGAUGAACAUCAAGCUUGUUGUUUGUUAUUUAGCUAUAUACUUUUAGCGAAUGCAGGUCGGGGCUUUGCAAAUGUUACACCACUGAGGGUGCUGUUGGUCGCAUAUCCAGGCCUUGUGCCAUUUCACACACAAAAUCUCCUUGCAUGUAUUGGUGACAUACAGAACAAAGUUUGGAAAGACCUAAAUUUAUUUUUAAACUCUGCUUGGGUACAUUACCUGUUAGAUCAGCUGGGCAAUGCCAAAGCAAACAAUACCACAUCACACUGAGAAAGCAGAAAGUUACCUCUCAUACUUUUAUUUGCAUCACUUUCCUUUUGCAUGUCUUUUAGAAAGACACAAAUGUGUGUGCCCUGGAGUGUGAUCUGUCUGGUGUGAAGACUUUUGUCAACAGAUCACCUCUGUUCAUCUUGCUUAUCAGAUGUCACGUAAAAAUACAUAGCCCUGCAGCUCAAUUCUCUUAGCAGUCUCUUGCAUGAACAACAAGAUUUUCUUUCAUGUGGAAUGGAAAUUACCAUUUUGCUGUG